AUGGCUAAAUUAUCCAAGCAACAAAAAAAGCAAAUAUACAUUGAGAAGCUUAGCUCUCUCAUUCAACAAUAUUCCAAAAUAUUAAUUGUGCAUGUAGAUAAUGUGGGAUCUAAUCAAAUGGCUAGUGUGCGUAAAAGUUUAAGAGGAAAGGCUACAAUAUUGAUGGGUAAAAAUACAAGAAUUCGAACUGCUCUUAAAAAGAAUUUACAAGCUGUACCUCAAAUAGAAAAAUUAUUACCAUUAGUAAAAUUAAAUAUGGGAUUUGUUUUUUGUAAAGAUGAUUUGUCUGAAAUAAGAAAUAUUAUUUUAGAUAAUAAAUCUCCAGCACCAGCAAGAUUAGGUGUUAUAGCUCCCAUAGAUGUUUUUAUUCCACCAGGACCUACAGGUAUGGAUCCUUCACACACAUCCUUUUUUCAAUCUCUUGGUAUAUCUACAAAAAUUGUUAAAGGUCAAAUUGAAAUACAAGAACAUGUACAUUUAAUUAAACAAGGAGAAAAAGUAACAGCUUCAUCAGCUACCCUCUUACAAAAAUUUAACAUGAAACCAUUUUCUUAUGGUGUAGAUGUAAGAACUGUUUAUGAUGAUGGUGUUAUUUAUGAUGCUAAAGUUUUAGAUAUUACAGAUGAAGAUAUAUUAGAAAAAUUUUCUAAAGGUGUUUCUAAUGUUGCUGCAUUAUCUAGAGCUGCAGGUGUCAUUACAGAAGCUUCUUAUCCUCACGUAUUUGUCGAAGCCUUCAAAAAUAUUGUUGCUCUUGUUAUAGAUUCAGAUUAUACAUUCCCCUUGAUGGAAAAUAUUAAAAAAAUGGUUGAAAAUCCAGAAGCAUUUGCCGCAGUUGCUGCACCUGCAUCUGAAGCCAAAGCUGAUGAACCCAAAAAAGAAGAAGCCAAAAAGGUAGAAGAGGAGGAGGAAGACGAAGAAGAUGGAUUCAUGGGAUUUGGAAUGUUUGAUUAA